CUGAUUUUUGCUUGAUGCUACCUGCCACCUGCCAUAAAGCUUUGCCAAGUAUCUAAGCCUGGGCAGCCUGCUGAGGUCGCUUCUCUGCAAUUUGGGGGGGAUAGGUUUUUAAUAUCUCUCUACAAGGAGCGACUCAGCUUUGGCAUGCUGAUGACUUUUGUCCUGCCCUGCACUAUUGAUUCAGCAGCUACUUUGCAGGUGCCAACAUGAGCAUGCCUGGGACUGCCGUUGGAAGAGGACGGGCAACAUCUCUUUGUUAUCUGCACCUUGGGCUCCUCCUCGCACUCUGUAUGCACAGCUCGGAAGUGGACGCCUUUUGGGUUGCCAAUCUUAACAUAUCGUUCAUCGUAGCAAAUCGGACCUUGUGGGAGAUUUUGGAAAACGGAGUGUUCGCCAAAGCCUCUCCUUUGAAGAAGGUGUCUGGAGUUGUGGUGCCGCCAGAGGGUCUGCAUCAAAACGCCUGUAGCUCUUUUACCCAUUUUAAGAAGCCAGCGAAUGGGGACAGUUGGCUAGCUCUCAUCAUGAGGGGACGGUGUUCAUUUGCAAAGCAAAUCACGAUGGCUACAGAAAGGGGAGCUGCCGGUGUGAUCAUCUACAAUUAUCCAGGUACAGGCAAUGCUAUCUUUCCCAUGCAUAACUUUGGGGCGGAAGGUAUUGUCUCAGUUAUGAUCAGCAACCUGAAAGGCAUAGAUCUUUUGCAUUUGGCUCAGAAUGGUAUUCAAGUGAGGGUGACCAUUGAUGUCGGGAAGCACCAUUACCCAUGGAUAACCCACUACAUGGGUACCAUUUUUGUUUUUGCCUCCCUUGCUGUGGCAUAUUGCACCUGCUACUCUGCCACAAGGCUACGGAGAUCAAGGAACCUGGUCCAGAGAUGCCCGCAGGAACUCGAUAUCGAUAAGGCCAUGAAUUAUCUUGAGCUUCGCACAUUGAAGAAGGACGACAAGGAAGUUGGGUCAAGUGGAGAGAGCUGUGCGGUGUGUUUGGAAAUGUACAAGCCUAAAGACAUAACCCGUGUCUUGCAUUGCAGACAUCUUUUCCACAAAGCCUGUGUUGAUCCUUGGCUUCUGAAUCACCAGACAUGUCCUGUGUGUAAAUGGGACAUGCUCCGAAUGGUGGAAAGCAUUGCAACCGAAGCCGAAUCAUUGGGUAGUCAAAUGCCAAAUGAAGUUUCUCCCACAAUCAGUUCUCCUAAGCAAUAGGACUGUCAUGAGUUCAUGAAGGAACGCAACAAACGCUCAUUCUGGAGACAAGCAACUUUUUCCAUGCUUGAUUGUCUCAUUCCUAAAAAUCAAGCGUAAGCAUGUGUGCAAUAAAAAGCUUUGCUUCUACCUCUGCAGUUCUUGAUGUAUGUUGGUUCAACAAGAAUAAGAUUUUGCUUUAGGUUCAUGAGCUUCUCCCAGGUUGUAUGCAUUAAAUUCAUUUUGGGUUGUGUUUUUUUUCCUUUUUUCCUUUAAAAAAAAGCAAAAUCGAAACAUGUUUUCAAAAUUGUAAACUGAACCUCUUUGUGUUUUACAACAUACAGCUGCAGUAGCACAAAGAGCUUUCCCUAAAGAGGACUCUUGCAUGUAACUUAUUAACAAUUAAACUUCAAAGGUGAUGCUUUUUCCUUUUGAACUCUUUUUGUAUUACAUGGUCCAAAAUGGAUGGUGGCAAAGAGCAAUGGAAACUAGAGCUGGACAAAUCUAGUGU